AUGCGUGGAGGUAAGGGCAUUUCAGGGUUCAUUUCAGGGUCACAUAAGACAAAGGCAUUAGGAGUACAGUGGGACUUGGCCACUGAUGAAUUGGGUGUCCAGGCAGAUCUAGUUUCAGUUCCAAGGGUUAAAAGUGGCUUGUCAGCCAUAGCCUCGAUUUAUGACCCUCUCGGCAUAUUGGCACCAGUUUUAUUUGAGGGACGGAUAAAUGUGCAGGACUUAUGUAGAUUGAAGAUAGACUGGGAUAUGGAAUUGGACUUCAAUACCACCGACCACAUCAGGGCAUGGGUGAACAAGCUGAAUCAGACCAGAGGGAUAAGUGUGCCAAGGUGUCUAAAGGUUAUUGGGUGGCAGUCAGCUACCCUAGUACAGCUGCAUUUGUUCUCGGAUGCAAGCAUUAUGGCUUUAGGAGUAGUGGUAUACUUGCAGGUCACAGAUCAGUGGGGAAAUGUAUCAUGUAGAUUCAUUAUGGGAAAGGCAAGGGUAGCACAAUUGAAGAAUGUUUCAGUACCCUGCCUAGAGCUUAGUGCAGCCGUACUAGCUGUAAAAUUUGGAACCACAAUUCUGGCCAUGAUAGAUUUCAAGGUGGAUGAGGUAUUAUUGGACAGAUUCAACAACUGUCUUGCGGUAUAUUCGGAAUGA